AUGGUAGGCUGCAGAAGAGGUUGUGUGUUGCCUGUGGUUCAUAGGGCAACACAAACAGCAAGCAGCGUAGCGCCGCCGGGGACAUCAAUGGUGGAGUACGCGUCCAUUCAGGGAAAGGUCUGACAGAGACCGCUACUCGGGGGGCUUACAUGGAGAGCUGAAAGUGAAUUAUGAGGCUAACGUCCUUAAUGAUGUACAUAUCUCCGGUUCUGCUCUUUAUUUUGUAUGUGUAUGUUGGGUUUUCUGACGCUGCACCUCGCAUCAGUCCCGACGAUGCGUCGCCUGUCUCCUCCAGGAAGCCCGGCUCAGCCUCCGACACCUGGAAGACCUUCAGCACCGACAUGCCUCCAACUUUACCCGAGAGACGGUUCGCUUAUGGGCCUCUGACCGGACUCACACCGGCGCCUGGCGUUGUUUCUGCCGGCCCGACCACCACCACUGCUAGGUCUAUUUCUAAAACUGCAACCACCUUCAAGCCUCCAACAACGAACCCCACCACCACCACUACUGCUAGUACCGGCCCUCAUACUGGAGUAAUAUCAGCCACUAAAGAACAAAAAACGAUUUCCAGAUCAACCAGCGCUCGCAAAAGAUCCACCGAUGCACAAACAUCACUUUUUGCUCCGGAGAAGACGCUGCAGACCAUGGUGUCCAUGGUGUCCAUGGUGUCCCAGCGCACUGCAAACGAUGCCUGGACAGCAGAUCAUACUGGCGCGUCUGUUACCUCAAUAGAGAAUAGUCAAGAGAGCCAUUGUAACUGCAGCAGCGGUAGCGAGGGGAUUUUGGAUCCGGACGAGUGUGAGCUGAAGACCGGUCAGUGUUCAUGUCUGUCGGGCUACACUGGUCUGCAGUGUGAGGACUGCGAGGAGGGACACUUCACCAACGGCACCAGCGGCUGCCUGCCCUGCGCCUGCGACUCCUACGGCGCAGUGAACCACCUCUGUGACAGCUCAGGGAUAUGUGUGUGCAAGACGGGAGUGUACGGACCAAAGUGUGAUGAUUGCCACCCGGGUUUCUUCCACUUCAGCAGCACUGGCUGCCGGCCCUGCCAGUGUAACAACCACACUAACUACUGCCAUCCACAGUCCGGAGUGUGUCUGAACUGUGAUGGCAACACCCAGGGAGUCAACUGUGAGGAGUGUAAGCCCGGUUCCUACCGCAGACCUGGAACCGCCCGGACCGAAGCCUGUGCACCAUGUCCCUGCUCCAACACCACCUCCAAUGGCAUCUGCCACACCGAUCCCAGUGGCUCCCCCGUAUGUGACCAGUGCCUUCCCCGGUACAGCGGCCCGCAGUGUGACAAGUGUAGCGCCGGCUUCCACAAAGCAUCUGGGGCUUGUGUUCCGUGUGACUGCAGUGGCAAUGCAGACCCUCAGGACCCCGCCCAGCUCUGUCACCCCGACACCGGCCACUGCUUCCGCUGCAUCAACAACACCGCCGGCCUCCAGUGCCAGCUCUGUGCUCCGGGCUUCAUAGGGGACGCCCGAGCACAUAACUGCACCCGUCCAACACCCCGGCUCCUUCCCACACCAGCAGCAGCAACCACAACGAAGGCCCGCACAUCUUCCCCCUCCACGACCACCACCAGCACCACUCUGAUCUCCACCACAGCGAGAAGCGUCCCAACUUCCACGUCCAGCAGCAACACGAGCACCACGCUGAGCACCGCCGCCACCACCCAGGCACUGCUGACCAGCCUGAGCAGCCCCACUGACAACACCACGGCGGCCCUUACAGAAGUCACCUGGACGCAGUUCAACAUCAUCAUCCUGGCCGUCAUCAUACUGGUGGUGCUGGUGCUGCUGGGCUUCGUCGGAGGCGUGUACACCUACCGGGAGUACCAGAACCGCAAGCUCAACGCCCCCUUCUGGACCAUUGAGCUGAAAGAGGACAACAUUAGCUUCAGCAGUUACCACGACAGCAUCCCCAACGCUGACGUGUCGGGCUUACUGGAGGACGAGGCCAACGAGGUGGCGCCCAACGGCCAGCUGGCGCUCACCACGCAGGGCAACUGCUACAAAGCUUAGCAUCCAUCCAUCCAUCCCCAAACUGGACACCUAGAUUUACAGAUGACACAAAGCUGCUGGAAAAGUACCAAAUCCAAAGCUCCUUCAUGUAUGACUGCUUGUUGUUACCCUGCUCUGCGCUGCGGCACUUCACAGCACAGUGAGAUCAAGCAGAUGUGAUCAAAGAUGUGGAAAAGAGACGCAGAGUUUCCACUUGAAAUGUUUCCCCUUUUUUGAUAUGAUUUGUGUGGAAUGGGCGAUCAGUGAAAAGGGUCCAAAGAAAAAAAAAGUGUUUGGUUUGAGUUGUGCUUGCAGAGGGCACUGUUGUGCAGAUUAGUUGGGUAAAUUGGCAUGGCAUAAGACAGGUGCAAAGCAUACACCUGUUGGCUGAAACAAUGAUCCUGACACUGGUUAGAGGGACUUAACAGGAGCCUAACAUUUCAGAUAUUUUUAAAAUGGACUUUUGACUGUUUAAGUUAUAACUGGAUCACUCGAACAGUGAUCUUAAAACUGAGACAAUGAUUGUUAUUUAAUGAGUUUUUAUUCCGUUCUUAUUUAUUGGUUGACGUUUCAUUCUUGGGAGAAAUGCUGCACAUGUAUGGUGUGUUUAUUCAUGGUGUUUUAUCUUACGUGCUGUCGAAUGGUAAUUUUUGAAUUGGCCAAUAUGUUUUCAUGUAUAGUUUUGUGUGUUUUCGGAGAGAAUCAUAGGGGAAGAUGAAGGGUUGCUGCUGGCACAAGCAUUUUAAUGACCUCAUCUUUUGUUUAUAGCUUCCUGUCUUUUGUUAAAGCGUGCCAGCUCACCUUUAAGUAUCUACGAGGAGUGUUUCUUUCAAAGAAACCACAACUACCGUUUAUAAACUCUCACCACCUGGCGCUACUACUGCAGGGUAGUGACUCAUAACCGGGCUUGCAUAAACCGCCGCUUGUAAUCUAAUCUGCUCUUUGCUGCCUAUCUCAGCAAUAGUCGAACAAACCAUUUGAAACACAUUACACAUUUAUGCAGAGGAGGAUUCUGUGACUCAGCGUCAAAUGAUAAGAUCGAUUAAAACAUAAACAGUAUUCUAGUAUUGUUACUGUUGUUAUGGAGUGAAACCAGCCUGCACAUGGUGAAAUUUCCUCAGCCUACUGGUUAUUGUUAUCACCUACAAUCAAGUUGCAUCAGCUAAAACGGGGAGUCGCUUUAAAAUUGAUGUACAUCAAAGCUUCACACCUGAUCCUGGACACGGAUCCCAUGUCUUCUGUGUUGUUUAGGCUACCAUCGGUUGGGUGCGCUUCAUUUCACCAUGGUGAAAUGAGUAAAGCUAAUUAUGGAACUAACUCCUCAGGUACUGGCUCUUUCCCUAAUGUGAUCACUGUAAAUAUGAUUAUUGUACAGAUGAAUGUGAAUAGUAGCACUAUUAUUGUACAGGUAGAAUACUGUGUGUACACUGUCACUCAACAAGCUCCCAACCUUUCACUCUCCAGGGUGUGAUGUUGCAGUCAGCCCACAGCUUUUUGUAUUUUUAUUUUUAUUUCUAAUUCUCAGUGGACUUUGCCAUAUACGCAGCUGCGGGACUAAAAAUGCACCAACCCGGAACUCAAAACAAAGAAUACAAUUAUGUAAAUAAUACCCCAAAAUCAGAGCUCAACUCUCAAAUAAAAAUGGGUUUAACUGUU